UUACCCCACGCCUGUCCCCUGGUUGAGUUCCUGGUUUCAGAGGUGGGAAGAGCCAUCACCGUACAGGUGACAGUGGUUCCUGUGUCCAGAAUCCAGGCUAGAAGCCUCUUGUGCCCCGAUCUCAGGGUUAACUCCCAGAUUGAACUACCAUGAAACUGCACCGAAAGUCCGUGCUCAGUUUCUUCCACGGAUACAGAACACAGGCUCCAGACCGGGAGGGCAUCUUGCUAAAGAAGGGAGCCCGAAAUAUCAGCUAUCAACGCCGCUGGUUUGUCCUCCGGGGAAACCUCCUCUUCUACCUGGAGCACCAGGCAGACCGCACACCCCUGGGCCUCAUCCUCUUAGAAAACUGCCAGGUGGAGCCACGCCUCGGGGCCACAGAACCCUAUGCCUUUACCAUCUUGACCCCCGGAGUUGAGGGCACAGAAGGUGGGCGGACCUACAAGCUGGCAGCAGAAAACCAGGGAGAGCUGGCAGCGUGGCUGUGGGCACUGGCUGGGGUGAGCUGGAGGCGGCUGGUGGCGCUACUACCCCCACUGGAGGCCCAGUACCGGGAGCUGUGCCAGGCAGCUGGCCAAGAACCCAGCGCACCCCCAGAGGACUGUGGCUUCCUAGCCACCCUCAGUCCCCCCUCCAGCUUCCAGGAGUUGCACGAGCACUUUGGGAAAGAGAUCCGGGUGCUGCAGGUGGUGCGUAGAGGACUCCAGUCCAGUGACAACAGAGGCAGCAGAUCCCAGGCAAAGGGGGAGCAGGAGCUCAACAGUUGUUGAUGAGUGACUGAAAGAUGGACCAAAGGCCAAAAGGUCCCUCCCUGCCAAGACCAGCUGAGUGCUUCAGCAGACACCCAGAUCCUGGCCUGCUCCAUUGUUUCCUCCCCACCCCCACCCCACCUAGUUCUUAUUCUAACUCCCUUUAUCAAAGAACAAGGCAGGAGACAGGCCCAGGUA